AUGGUCAACGUCCGAACCCUGCUUGUUGCUACCGCCGCCUCUCUGGCUGUGGCCGCCCCCAUCGCCCAGAAUGAGACUUCCCCCGAGUCCACCGCCGCCGCCGUCUUCCCUCUGCCCCAUAUUCCCGGCCUCGAGGCUGCUGGAGACCUUGUCCAUGUGAUUGAGAUCUUCGCUGGAGUUCUGACUGGCACCAUCUCCGUCAUCACCAAGCCUCAGGGAACCCGGCCCCAGGAGAUGCAGAUCAUCCAGGACGCCAUCACCAAGCUGAAUGCUGCCAUUGUCCAGGCCUCCAAGGACGUCUCCAACCUGCCUAUCAUUGGCGGCGUUGCUGGCCAGGUGGUCACUGCCAUUGUCCUCAACCCCAUUGUCCACACCAUUGCGCUGGUUGUCGAGCAGAUUGUGGCGGUUGUAGGCUCCUUCUGGGUUGACGGAGUUGGCGCUUCCUUUGGCACCGUCCUCCACAACCUCAUCACCAACAUCUCCACCUUCAUCGGAGUCCUUGCUGGUGCCUACCCCCAGAUCAACGACGACCAGUCCGGCCUCAAUGCCGCCACCUCGUCUCUUAACUCCCUUCUCUCUUCCGCUUCUGCUUAA